AAAGAGUCCAAACGGCCCAAAGUGGACUGACUGCCAGUUGAUGUACUUCAUUCGAGGCAGCGAUAUGGUGAAAGUUUCUGUGCUGCUGCCACUGCUUGGCUGCCUGCUCCUGGGCAGCGCUUGGGCACAUCAGGAGUUGAGCCAUCUGCUGGCGCAACAAGAGAAGGAUUUGGGUCUGUCUGCCACAGAGGUGGAAGCCUUGCGACCAUUUUAUCGCGAGCUUCAAGCACAGCAUGACUAUCUAUACAGUCUGUCUAUACAGAACGGCGAUGGCAGUGCUCAGCUGGCGCUGCCCAAGGUCGAGCAGUUGGACGACACCUAUGUGAAGGUCUUUGAUGAAUUCCGAGAGCAGUUUAAGGGCUACUUAAGCUACAAUCCCAGCAUUGAGUACGACACAACGCUGCCCACGUUGGAACAGCUGGUCGGACAGCCCAGUGGCGACUUUACAGCUGAGGAGCUGCUGGAGUUGCAGGAUCUGCUGGAUGUACUACAGGAUGUCAUCGAUGAAUCGCAGCUGGGCAUCAACCAGCUUGUGGCACGCGCCACAGACUUGGAAAUCAAUUUGCUGAAGCUGAACAAACCGAAGAUUGUGUUAGCUGCCAUUGCUGGCUUGGAGGCGAUGUGGCACCUCUGGGGACGUGCCUCGCAAGCCGCCUAUUGCAGCUAUUCCCAUGUACCACAGUUCACGGAAGCACUGCAUGCCAUCAACGGCGGCGUUGAUUGCUACAGCCACACCAUGGGGCUAAUACUGAAAAUCCAGGACGAAACUGUUGCGUCCGUCAAGGAGAUCAAGCAAAACGUGCAGCAACUAGUGCGGAUCUACAAGAAGAUUGCAGCCAAGAAAACGCUGAUGGGCAAAAUACUCUCGGGCACACUGAACAUAUUCAAAGCACUGCGUCGCGUGCAUGAUAUAAUCGCUGUUGGCAUCGCUGGCUACGAUAAGGUCAACAAUCAGUUGCCAGGCGCAGCUAUGCAGUCGGUGCAAUGUGGCUUGGAAUUUAAGGGCAGUAUUCCGCAAAUGAUUGAGACUGUCCAAAAUCUAACUGUCUGCAUUACUUUUGUGGACGCGGAUAAGCCGGAAUACGAGUUCCUCAAGCCGGAGGCCGAACGCUAUUGGAAUACCGGCGCAGAGCCAGCGAAAAUAGCCCAGGAGCACGACGCUGAAGCGGCUGACGAUGAGGACAACGACAAUGUCGACGAUGACUACGUUGACCAUCGAUAGGCCUGGUUAGUUGAUCACAUUUGAGGAGGCUAAGUCUGUGCAAAGUAAAUACAAGAAAAGCUUAAA